AUGACUGUUCAUUGGAGCUCGGAGAUCAUGAAAUGGGAGUACAGAGAGUUACAAGCAACGGCAAUGUCCGUUGACUAUUCCGGUAAUAAUGUGCUGCUUGCUGGACGAAGGUGGCUUGCUAUAAAAUCGAUUAGUCUAGACGAUGAUGGAGGUGAUAUUGUAAAAAAAUAUCCCCGUCACAGUAAAUAUGACGCUGCUGGUGCUGAGUGGUGCCAAACCUAUCCAGGACAAAAACUCUGUGCUAUUGCGAGCAAUCAACAUGUGGAUGUAUACGAGUGGCGCGCGGGAAAUGAUUUGACGUGUAUAUGUUCUCUCCGUGGACACACUCGUGUUGUCAGCGACACACACUUUCACAGACAAGAUCACAACUUGAUCGCAACAUGCUCUAUAGAUACGUUUACCUACCUUUGGGACUUGAGAGAUACGAGAAAGCCUAUAAUAUCAUUAAGUGCUGUAGCUGGUGCUUCACAAGUACAAUGGAACAAAGUGGCAUCUCAUUUAGUUGCCACUGCUCAUGACGGUGAUAUAAAAAUAUGGGAUUAUAGAAAAAGCACUACACCAUUGCAUUAUAUAUCUGCUCAUCUUUGCAAAAUCCAUGGAGUCGACUGGAGUCCUCACCACGAAUACCAACUUGUAACAUCUAGUCACGAUGGUAGUAUUAAAUUCUUUGAUAUUAACAAUGCAAGACGACCAGAAAAUGUUAUAAUGACAAACUUCCCAGUGUGGAGAGCUAUUUAUACACCAUUUGGUAGCGGCCUCUUAACCAUUGGAGUUGGAUGGGGAGGCUUGCCACGAGCAGAACAAGCUGGUGUCAUUGGUAUCUGGAUAGGUGGAUCUCUUACUCACAGAUUAGUGGGGCACACAGACACUGUGCAAACCAUGGUGUGGAGACCAAAUACACUGCCGUCUAACUAUCAACUUGUCACAUGGGGAAGGGAUCAGACUCUGAGACUGUGGACAAUGCAUACGUCGUUAUUAAAAAUGUGCCUACACUAUCUACCUGAUGAUACAGAAUAUGACGAUAAUAGUGAUUUAAGCUACGCAUCUACUGUUAGCAGCUCAAUGAACGACCUCUCAGUAAGUGAAAAGGGACAGGAGAUACAAAUGAACAAGAUAGUACACAAAGCAACUACCUCAAUAGAUGAAGAAUUUGAAUCAAUUAGAGAGAUGGCUAAUAUUGAAGUUACAGAUAUGAAUAUAGAGACUAGAACCUGCCAGAUACAUUCUGAGCGCAACUGUUACACUGCCAACUUACAAGUGACCUUCCCAAGAAAUGUUACCGAACAAACUAUACCCAAGUUUUCUUGGUUAUCUGGAACUAAUGUCGAUAGCUCAACUACCAUAAAAAUUUUACAAGCUAUCAAUAGAACAGCGUAUAGGAAAAAGAAGGAAGGACACAGAUGUUUGUUAUACUGCCUAAAAACUUUAGCAACGUCAAUAGAUGAGAUUCCGGUUAAAUCUAUUGAAGAUUCAGAUUCAAUGAAGUCAAGUCAGAGAAGUCAAUCAGAAAGUGAGAAUGCAGGCGAUUCUUGCAUUCCUUUUCCUAGAACAUGUGGUGCUAAAUGGUGCGGGGUCAGCACACUUGUGGUAUUCAACAGACCACCAAACGCAAGGCGUUUGUCAUUAAAACAUGAAACAGGAACUCCGAGAUCUAUGUCAUCGUUGUCAUUGACGCCAGGAUUUUUCGGAGCCAGCUAUACGUCUGUAUCACCUCACGCCACUACGACCCCAUCUCCAACAAACGCAUCUGGCUUUCCGCAGUUAUAUCACAGACAUGCAUCAAAUUCUAUCACCACUUUCUACUUUCAAGAUCGAUGGAAAGCACAAAGUCGUAGAGCUGGUAGCAUGCGCAGUCGCGGAAGCAUAUCAUCUUGCACAUCCCCUCGAGUAGUUCUGUAUGCUGCAAAUAAUCUCUUUCCAUUGAAUAGGACUCUAGCAGAAAAAUAUGUUAUAAACGCAGAUAAUCCUGUCGAUAUGUGUGAGAGGAAUGCUAAAGUGGCGACAGAGGAAGGAGAAGGCGAGUUGGCACACGCGUGGGGUCUGGCUGCACUCGUAGCUAAAUCACUGGCCACGCGACCAAUUGACCAUCUCGUGUCCAGUGAGGAGAGUAUGGGGUGGGCUGGACACCCUCUGUGCUGUAACCUCGUACAAGCUCUGAUAUCACAUUAUGCUAAAUCAUCAGACCUUCAAAUGGCGGCUAUGCUGACUUGUGCAUUUCUAGUGUUCAACGAAGCUAGCAACUCUAGUUCUCAAUCUAUCACUAGCACCUCUAGUUGCGAUAACAGCAUAUCGCCGUACAGUACAAUAAAUCAAUAUAGCGAAAUAAGUGCCGAUGGAUGGGCUCUACCAAUUAUCCUUCGGAGUAAUUCGUGUUCAGAAGCUGAAAACUUAAAUACAGAAUAUUCGGUCGCAACUAAGUCCGAUCCAUCUUCUUCUUGCGUCAUCGACGAAGUGACGGUCCAUCUUUACAACUGCUACAAACGAGCGUACGCUGACGUACUACAUCGGUGGCAACUUAUAUAUAAACGAACAGAGGUCAUGAAGCUGGUUCGCAGCCGCGGCGGGUGCGCUAGCGUGGGUGAGGCGGCGUGGGAGUGCAUGCGCUGCGGGCGCACCGUGCGCGGAGCCGCGUGCGGCGCGUGCCGCCGCCUGGCGCUGCGCUGCGCCGUGUGCGGCCGCGGCCUGCGCGGGCUCGCCGUCGCCUGCCCGCUGUGCGCGCACGCGGCGCACGCGCACCACACGCUCGCCUGGUUUGCCCAGCACGAUACCUGUCCAGCCGGAUGUGGCUGCAAAUGCGUUAUCGAUGGUAAUUCGUCAUGGAAAGGAACAAAAUACGUGUAACGCAUGAAAAUGACCAGAAAUUUGAAAAAUAUACAACACUAUAGGACGUUUUAAUGAUAAUUUUAAUGGUUUAGAAUAAAAUAACGAUAUUUUAAAUAAGAAGACUGCCGCUUUUUGUACCUAUAGGUAUAGUAAGAAAUAAAUGAAUACAAUCAAACGUU